AUGCAGAUGGACAAUAUCCGCGUGAGAGUGCUGCUCCUGCUCCUCUGCGUCAUCGUGCCACGGGCCAGCAGUCGGCCGAGCAGCAGCAGCAGCAGCGGGAUGCAGCUGCAAUCCCAUUACCUGAGAGCCAUGACAGCGUACCGCCGCCUGGAGCGGACUCUGCCGCGGCAGGAGCUGCGCGCCCUCACGGGCAUUGGCCUGCUGAAUGGCGCACGGCAGGCGGAGGAGCUGAUGGAGCAGCAUCUGGUGGGGGCCAUCAAGGAGCUGUUGCUGCAGCAGGACAGCGAACGGGUGUUGCCCCACAUCGAUGCCAUUGAGCAGCAGCUGACGCGGGAUCAGCGAGCCCUCGAAAUCCUGAGCAGCGCCCUGGACGUACUCUCGGACACAAAGGACGAUCACGAGUUCCGGCUGGAGCUGCGCGAGUUGGCGCAGCAGCAGCACGAGGAUGAGCUGCAGCAGCAGGAGAUCUCGGCGGACAAUACGGGCGGACAGCAGCCGGAGGGGGAGUUGCAGCUGGAACUGGAACUGGGGGAGCGACUGGGCCAGCUGCGCAGGCAAAUCCUCAAGCAAGUGCCACAAAUGAAACUGCAACUGGAUGCAAAGAUCGAGAAGGCGCUGCAGCAUUUGCUGGAGCAAGCCUCCGAGGACGGGCCGCUGGCCAAGGCCCGCCAGAAGGUCAUACAGAAGCGAGCGGUGCAGGAGGAGCAUCAGCACGACGACGAGGAGGAGGAGGAGCCACAACAAUUGCCCGAGGAAAUGCGCAUCAUCAAGUCCAUUCUGUCAGAGGCCAAACAUUUGCGCUUGCAGGAUGACUUCCGCGAGAAUCUGGAGCACAAUCAGCAGCAGGGGUUCCACAACAACUCGGAGCUGGAUGAUCUGCAGGAGGACGAAGACGCGGAGCAGCAGCUGGACUUUAAAUCGCCAAAUGUUACAGCCAAGGGCAGCAGAGCUAAGCAAAAGGCGAAAGCAAAAGACAAGCCCAAACCCAAGCCAAAAACGAAUCAGAAUGCCAAGCAGCAGCUGGAGCCUACAGCUGCAACUGGCACCAACGAAGCCCAGGUCCAGUCCGAGGCACAGUCCGAGACGGAUGAUGAUGAUGAACUGGGAGACAUUGGAGACGAUGGCGCAGCACCUGCUGCUGGCGGCGGUGGAGGUCUGGUCGGCAUCAUUGGCAGUCUAAGUGGCGGCGAAGGCGGCUCGGAUGUGGGUGCCCUCAUAGGCGCCCUCACUGGCGUCGUCUCCACUUUAUUUGGGCCUGGCGGCCUGGACAUUGAGACGCUGAUCAGCACCUCCACGUCGCUGCUGUCGGGUCUACUGUCUGGCAACAAGAACUUCGGCACGGUGCUCGGCCAAUAUGUGGGCACUGCCCUCGAGGGACUCUCUGGCGGUGGUGGAGCGAUCAACAAUGGACAAUUUCUGGGCAACUUCCUGGGCACUGUGGUGGCCUCACUAAGCGCAGACCCCGAGGAGGAGGGACCACCGCAGCCGCUGACCUUCGCCAAGAGCCUGCUGUCCAGCUUCCUGGAGGCCAAGUUUCGCCCCGCGGAGGCUUCUGAGGAGCGCCACGACAGCGCAGAGCUGCCCAUGCCGCGCAAAAAGAAGGCGCGGGAGGGCGGUGGCGGCCAUGCCGCGGCUGGCUUCGAUUCGGGCGGCUUUGUCAAGCAGGUGGCCUCCCAUCUAGUGAGCAGUGCGCUGGGUCUCCUGCUUAAUGCCGCACUGGGCGCCUCGGGUGGUGCCUCCAAAGCCUCCACGGGCAUCUUCUCGAGCAGCAGCAGCAGCAGUGGAGGAGGCGGAGGCCACCAUUGGAAGCCAGCGGCCCACGAACGCUCAUGGGACUACCAGGAGCUAUUCUAG